AUAUGGGUCCGGAGGUAUAAAUGCUGCUAACAUGCAAGGGGUGCUAUCAGGGGUUAGAGGGCCUUUUACUCCAUCACAGUGGAUGGAGCUCGAACACCAGGCUUUGAUCUACAAGUAUAUCAUUGCAAAUGUGCCCAUUCCUUCUUAUCUUCUCAAUCCCAUUAGAAAUGCCCUCGAGUCUGCUGGUUUCUCGAGCUUUUCUGGCCUGAGACCCAAUGCUUCGGGAUGGGGCACUUUCCAUCUGGGAUUUUCCAAAACUGAUCCUGAACCAGGAAGGUGUCGAAGGACUGAUGGGAAGAAAUGGCGAUGCUCAAGGGAAGCAGUUGCCGACCAGAAAUAUUGUGAGCGGCAUAUGAACAGAGGCCGUCACCGUUCAAGAAAGCCUGUGGAAGGCCAAUCUGGCCAUUCCGUUACCGGAACCAACACGACUACCACCAGGCCAAUGCCAAUGGCUUCCUCCACUUCAGCAUCUGUGGUGCCCGGAGCUGGUGCAUCUAACAAUCUUGCACUUUCACAUCAUUGUCAACUCAACAACUUGCAGUCUGGUUCUAAAAAUCCUUUGUCUGUGACCCAAAAUAUUAACAGGAGUUUUACCAGAAAGGAAAAUGCGGACGAGGGAUAUCAAGGCACAACAAUCUCGAUGUUAUCGUCAAACACAAGUCUGAAAGAUAGCCAAUAUUCUGUCCCCAAACAACAGAAUGCAUAUGCAGAAUCUUCUUGCUCCGAGUUUGGAUUAGUAUGCUCUGAUUCUUUGCUCAAUCCUUUGAAUAGAAGUUCUUCGUUUCUGAACAGCAAUCUCAAUGAUCACGAAAGCAAAUCACAGCAUCCACUUCGCCAGUUCAUGGACGAAUGGCCCAAAAACCCAUCAGAAUGCUCGACCAUUUCAUGGCCUGAUGUUGAUAUGCAGUCAGACAGGACACAGCUUUCAAUUUCCACCCCUGUGGUCACAUCAGACUUUAUGUCUUCUACCUCAUCUCCUACAAAUGAAAAGCUUACAGCGUCUCCACUGAGAUUAUCCCGAGAACUUGAGGCAACCCAAAUGGGAUUGGGAGUAGGAACCAUCGUAAGUGAACAGAGCCAAAGACAAACAAAUUGGUUUCCCAUUUCAUGGGAGCAUUCUGAGGGUGGACCUCUGGGUGAGGUUUUACACAGCACCAAUAACAGCACAACUGAUGGUAAGAACGCCAAGGCGCUGGGCCUGAUGAAGGAGGGCUGGAAUAGUAGCCCCUUCCUGGCAUCAUCUCCCACCGGGGUUUUACAGACGGGUGCAUAUGGUUCCCUAUCCAACAGCAGUGCAGGGAGUAGCCCACGGGCAGAUAGUAGCAAGAUACUCGAUGGGGCUAGCCUCUCCAACGGAUUCAUAGGUUCGAGUUUAAUGAAUCCAUCGUUCCCUGCAAUGUAAUAAUGUCUCAUGGCAAAUUGUUUUUCUGUGAUGACGAAAUCUUAGUCUAAUUAGCUUUUGAAAUUUGUUAAUUUGUUCACUCGUAUGCAAACGUUGUUUUCUGUGUUUUUCUUUUUUCUUUUUUCUUUUUCCCCCCAAACCUGUGAACAAGGUAUGUAAUGCUUGAAUCUUAACGUAAAACCUUCAGAUUGCCAAUUUCAAUUACUAUAUUUUUAGGGUUUU